AUGGCUGGCAAGCUUGAGCAGCAAAUGCUUAAAAGUCAAAGGAGACUCUGCAGCGUCCAUUCCACAGACCGGACUCCAUGGGCUCGGAAGCUUCCCUCUGCUUUUUCUGCAGCUGUGUUUGACAAACCUGACAUGGCUGAGAUUGAGAAAUUCAAUAAGCAGAAAUUGAAGACAGAAAUGCAAGAGAAAAAUCCACUGACUUCAAAAGAAAUGAUUGAACUGGAGAAGCAAACAGGUGAAUCGCAGUGA